AUCAGCUUUCGAUCAAUUCCUUAUCACCCGCCUUCCUCUCUCGGAAUCGCCCACCUUCUUUAUCCUCCUCAAACUCUAAUCCCUACAGUAUCUUCCAAACAAAAACAUUAGUACAUUAUUGUUACAGAAUGAAAGCUGAAUCUACCAAUCGGAUGAUGCGAUUUGGGACUUGCCUGCUGGUUCUCCCAUCCUAGUCUGGUAUCUAUGUGACCGAUUGUACAAAAUGUACAAGUCGCAGUUUAUUGGAGGUCAGAAAGAGAAAUUUGUGAGGUUAGAUGAUUUGGAUUCUACAACGUCAAUGAGUUCAGAUACUGGUAAAGUGAAGAAAUGUGGAUUUAAUAUAGAGGGACUGGCUUUUACUGAUCGUAGAAAAAGACAAUCAAAGUCCGUUAAUUUUGGAUUUCCGAGGGGAUCAGAUGGACUAAAGACAUUUGGUAGAUCAAUAAGAACUGGGGUCAGCCGUGCAGUGUUUCCAGAAGAUCUUAAAGUUUCGGAUAAAAGGAUAUAUGAUCCACAAGACAAGUCCCUCCUGUUGUGGAACAGGCUUUUUGUCAUAGCAUGUAUCUUUGCUAUAUCCAUUGAUCCUCUGUUCUUUUAUCUCCCGAUAUUCGAUCAAGAGCAGGAAUGCCUCUCUAUCGAUAGAAGAGUAGCAACAACAUCUUUAACUAUGAGAUCUUUAAUAGAUGUUUUCUACCUUUUUCGCAUGGCUUUACAGUUUCGUACAGCUUAUAUUGCACCAUCAUCUCGGGUGUUCGGAAGAGGUGAACUUGUGAUAGAUACUUCACAGAUAGCACAGCGAUAUCUACACCGUUACUUCUUUGUUGAUCUUGCUUCUGUGCUGCCCGUACCACAGAUUGUGGUUUUUAUAUACUUGCAUGGAAAUGGUGCAGCAGUACUGUCUACGAAACAAGCAUUGCUAUAUGUUGUCUGGGUUCAGUUACUGCCUAGAUUUGCCCGCUUACUAGCUUUAAACUCAGACCUUAAGAAGAGUGCGGGUUCUUUCGCCGAAAGUGCUUGGGCUGGGGCUGCAUACUAUUUGCUUUGGUUUAUGCUUGCUGCUCAAGUCACUGGGGCUGCCUGGUACUUAUUAGCUGUAGAACGAUAUGACACAUGCUGGCGGGAAGCUUGUCAUAAGAGUGGAAAAUGUCGAGUAGAAUUUUUGUACUGUGGCAGUGAGGGAAUGAAGGGAUACAAUGAGUGGGGCAAAAUCAAAGGGGAUGUUCUAAAAAAGAGCUGCAGCGGUUCAGAUGAUGACCCCGACGGCUUUAACUUUGGAAUCUUCAAAAACGCUGUAUCUUCAGGAGUUAUUUCAUCGACUGUCUUUUUCGAAAAGUUUUUAUACUGCUUGUGGUUUGGAUUAAAAAGUUUAAGUACGCUUGGCCAGGGGCUUGAGACCUCUACCUAUUAUCUGGAGAAUAUAUUUUCCAUAUGGAUAGGCAUUUUUGGCCUCAUCCUGUUUGCCCUUCUGAUUGGAAAUAUACAGACCUAUCUUCAGUCUCUCACAAUUCGUCUUGAGGAGAUGAGGAUUAAAAGGCGUGACUCUGAGCAGUGGAUGCACCAUCGCUGGCUUCCACAGGAUCUUAGAGAAAGGGUUCGGCGCUACGAUCAAUAUAAAUGGUUGGAGACUCGAGGUGUAGAUGAGGAGAGCAUUGUCCAGACUCUCCCAAAAGAUCUCAGGAGGGACAUUAAACGGCAUCUUUGCUUGAAUUUGGUCAGAAGGGUGCCUCUUUUCGCCAAUAUGGAUGAGCGGUUGCUUGAUGCGAUCUGUGAGCGUCUGAAACCAAGUUUAUGCACAGAGAGUACAUUUAUAGUCCGGGAAGGGGACCCUGUUGUUGAGAUGUUAUUCAUCAUACGUGGUCGCCUAGAAAGUGUAACCACAGAUGGUGGUAGGAGUGGAUUUUACAACAGUGGUUUGCUCCAGGAAGGUGACUUUUGUGGAGAAGAGCUCCUAACAUGGGCACUGGACCCGAAAGCAGGCUCUAACUUACCAUCAUCUACUCGAACAGUGAAGGCUUUAACUGAGGUUGAGGCAUUUGCUUUGGAAGCAGAGGAGUUGAAAUUUGUUGCCAGUCAGUUUAGGCACCUUCAUAGCAGACAGGUUCAGUACACCUUCCGGUUUUACUCACAGCAAUGGAGGACUUGGGCGGCCUGCUUUAUCCAAGCUGCUUGGCGCCACUACAGGAGAAAAGUGGCGGCAGAAAAACAAAGAGAGGAGGAAUUUGGAUACAGUGAUGGAGAUGAUGAUGGUGGUGGUGGCGGCGGUGAUUUUAAAAGCGGUUCUGGUAAAUAUGCGCUUGGUGCCGCAGUCUUUGCAUCCCGCUUUGCAGCAAAUGCUCUUCGUGGUCAUAGGCUUCGCAGUGAAAGCACCAGGGGGCUACUGCUGCAGAAGCCCUCUGAACCUGACUUCUCGGCUUAUGAUGAUAAAUAAUCCAAGUCUUUAAUCCAAGAGCUGGGAAAACUUUUGCCAGCUCCGAUGUAUAUAAUAUAUACAACUUAGGCACUCACGCAAACGAUGCCAUAGCAUGUUUCCGGAGCAGUUUCACAUUAUAUGGCUAAUAUACUAUGGCAGCAA